UCACGGUAUCAGUGAAAUUGAGGACUGAUAAGGAUAUUAUGUUAUUUUAAAUUGAUCACAUGUUGAACAUAAUUCCUUACCACACUACUAGACUUAUUGACCAUGUCGAUUUAAUACUUUGGUAUUUGUGAUUAUGAAUGUCUUUUGUUGAGUUAAAAACAAUAUGAUUGUCAUAGUUCAUUAUCAAAGGUUAAAUUGGACCGGUAUGUUGAGAUGCUAUCAGAGAACUAUCAUUUUUUAAAGUGGCCACAAAUGUUUUCCUGUUGUUCAACCCAUGAGUCGUUUUCAAACAAAAUUAUUUUGAUAUAUAAUAUAUAUGUAUUAAAAUCAAUGUAGCCCAAGUGGGAGAAUGUUAGACUUUUAUUUGGGCUUACAUUAAAUUUUAUUGGUUUUAUUAAAACUUGGGUUGAUUGGAUAGUUCUUUGCUGUGUUAGCCCAUGUUGUUGGUGAUCAAUUGUUAAUGGGCUUAGCAUCUGUGAGUAAAGUCUAGGUGAAACAGAAGUGUGGGCUUUUCUAGUGGACUGAAGCCUUUGAUGAGCAGGCCCAGCCCAACUAGGGUUUUGUAGCUAAGUCCCCUCCCUAACUCUAUAAAUACAUAUUGUCUCAUCACAAUUGUAUACCUUUUGAUAAUCAGAUAAAAUAAACUGCUUCUGAUUUAGAGAUCUAGGGAGGAAGACUUAGUUGAUAGUAUUGCACUAUCGAAUUGGAGUAACUGCUGUGGAUCAAACAGAGAUAAUUGCUAUGGAUCAAUCAGAUGCAAGAGUGAGGCGAUUUCAUACUAUGAAGCCAAAAUGGGGCUUUGCUAGAUUCAUGGAUCUCCAAACAUUUAACAAUCCUUCUAAUGGUUACCUUGUCAAUGACACAUGUAAAUUUGGAGCAGAGAUUUUUAUCGUCAAAACGGCAUCAAAAGUAGAGCGAUUAUCAAUGAUAAACAAUCCUUUGACUUGCAAGUUUUCUUGGACGUUUCAUAAUAUUUCUAGAGAAAACCUUGAACGUUAUCAAUCUUCUUCCUUUGUUGGUGGAGACUACAAAUGGUCGAUUGUGUUUUAUCCUAAUGGUCAAUCAAAUGAGAAGAGCAACAAUAAUUGUUGUGUGGUGGGUCUAGCAUUGGAUUCAACUCUCCCUCCAGACACUAGUCUGUUUGUGCAUUUAAUGUGUCGUAUGAGGGACCAAAAGUAUGUCAACCAUUUUCGAAAAACUGAUAGCAAAACGUUCUCGUCUAAAAAUUUGGCCAGGGGUUUUGAAGAUUACAUGCCAUUGACGAAAUUGAAUGAUCCAGAAAAUGGUUUUUUGGUAGGUGAUAGAUGUAUUAUUGAUGUAGAGUUUAAAGUGCUUGGUUUAGUUACUCUAGAAUAGAUUAGUGGAACACUAGUGUUCCUUUUCGUUUGGUCCAAUACUUUGCUCUACUUAGUUUGACCUGGGUGAACCUCUCUAUCUGUUAAUUUUAAUCUUUUUUUAUACCCUCUUAAAUUUCCUUUAAUUAAAUAUUUUUUUUGUUAAA